UUUUCCCCUGAUUAUCUACUUCAAGAUUCCUUCAUUUAUCUUCUUCACUUCCCACACCUAACCUCCAAAAUAUGGGAACUGAAACCAGAAGAUCCACCGUUGACAUCUCAGAGCCAUUGCUCCAACAACCAACCCACGUUGAUUCAACUCCUGAAAUCAUACCUGAAUGGAAAGAUCAAAUAACGUUCAGGGGGUUGAUUGUCAGUGCUCUGUUGGGGACCCUUUUCUGUAUUAUUACCCACAAGCUCAAUCUCACUGUUGGAAUCAUUCCUUCCUUGAACGUGGCUGCUGGUUUGUUGGGCUUCUUCUUUGUCAAGUCUUGGACCACUUUUCUUGAAAAGUUUGGGUUUUCUGCUCAGCCUUUUACUAGACAAGAGAAUACUGUUAUUCAGACUUGUGUUGUUGCUUGUUAUGGCCUCGCUUUUAGCGGUGGAUUUGGGUCCUAUUUGCUGUCAAUGGAUGAGAGAACAUAUAAUUUGAUUGGUGCGGAUUACCCUGGUAAUCGGGCUGAAGAUGUUAAGAAUCCAGGAUUGUUGUGGAUGAUUGGCUUUUUAUUUGUUGUCAGUUUUCUUGGCCUUUUCAGUCUUGUUCCGCUUCGUAAGGUGAUGGUGAUGGACUAUAAGCUUACAUACCCUAGUGGAACCGCCACAGCGAUGUUAAUCAAUAGUUUCCACACUACUAGUGGCGCCGAGCUUGCAAGGAAACAGGUAAGCUGCCUGGGGAAGUAUCUGAGCAUAAGCUUCGUAUGGAGUUGCUUUAAGUGGUUCUUUGGUGGUAUCGGAGAUUCAUGUGGAUUUGAUAAUUUUCCAAGUCUGGGUUUGACUCUCUUUAAGAAUACGUUUUACUUUGACUUCAGUCCUACUUACGUUGGAUGUGGUCUUAUUUGCCCGCACAUAGUCAACUGCUCGGUCCUUUUCGGAGCUAUCAUAUCAUGGGGCUUGCUUUGGCCCUUCAUUGAUGCACGUGCAGGGGACUGGUAUCCGGCUGAUUUAGGCAGCAAUGACUUCAAAGGUCUUUAUGGAUACAAGGUCUUUGUAGCUAUUGCGCUAAUUCUUGGGGACGGGCUUUACAAUUUGGUAAAGAUAAUAGCGAUCUCCGUCAAGGCUGUGUUGAACAGCAGCACGAGACGACAAGAUCUCCCUGUAAUAAAGGAGAUACUAGACGCCGAGGCAACCAAAUCACAAGUAGAGCAACAGAAACGAGACGAAGUGUUUCUAAAAGACAGGAUACCAACGUGGUUUGCAGCAUCUGGAUAUGUCGGUUUGGCUGCAAUAUCUACCGCAACAAUGCCGCUUAUUUUCCCACCGCUUAAAUGGUACCUAGUUCUGUGUUCUUACGUAAUCGCCCCCGCCCUUGCGUUCUGUAAUUCGUACGGAACUGGUCUCACCGACUGGAGUUUAGCCUCAACGUAUGGAAAAAUCGGUCUUUUUAUAAUAUCUUCGUUAGUCGGAAGCAACGGAGGUGUGUUAGCCGGCUUAGCAGCAUGUGGUGUUAUGAUGUCGAUUGUCUCCACUGCAGCCGAUUUAAUGCAAGAUUUCAAAACCGGUUACCUGACUUUAUCGUCAGCAAAGUCAAUGUUUGUGAGUCAACUAGUGGGGACCGCUAUGGGUUGCAUCAUUGCCCCCCUCACGUUUUGGAUGUUUUGGACCGCGUUCGAGAUCGGGACCCCAGACAGUCCUUACAAAGCACCAUACGCCGUCAUAUACAGAGAAAUGGCUAUUCUUGCAGUUGAAGGGUUCUCUGAGCUUCCACAGCAUUGUUUAGCGUUAUGUUGCGGAUUCUUCGUUGUGGCCUUGGUUUUGAACCUGUUACGCGAUUGGACUCCUUCGAAGGUGUCCAGAUUCAUUCCCAUUCCCAUGGCAAUGGCUGUGCCGUUUUACAUUGGUGCUUAUUUUGCAAUCGACAUGUUUGUUGGGACGGUUAUAUUGUUUGUGUGGGAGAGAGUGAAUAAGAAGGAUUCUGAAGAUUAUGCAGGUGCAGUUGCUUCGGGGUUAAUCUGUGGGGAUGGAAUAUGGACCAUACCAUCGGCGAUACUAUCCAUUUUCAGGAUCGACCCGCCCAUUUGCAUGUACUUCGGGCCUUCAGUAAGCAGCUGAGCUCGCCAUGCCUUUGUUUCAGUUAGACAUGCAAAUAUGUUUGAUAUAGUAUUCUUCUAUCCACAUGUUAUUUCUUUCCUAUGGUUGCUACUGUCUUUAUGUUAUCUUUUAAAGAAAUGCAACUUUUCUUUUUAGUGGAAGUAUUUAGCAAAA